AUGGUGAAAUACGUCCAAAAACUUGAUAGUGAUGAUUUAUCUGUAUUAAAAGAUCAAUUUAAAAUCGAUAAUGAUGAUGAAUUAAGUGAUGAAGAAUUAAUUAUAAAAGAUGAUAAUCGUAAAAUAUUAUUUGAUGAUAUUAAUUCAUCAGCACAAGUUGAUUCAACAGGUUCACGAGAAAAAAAAGCUCAUAGUGACGUGCAAGAUAUUGAAGAUGUUGUUAAACUUGCCCGUGAAUUAAAUACAUGUCCUUAUUAUGCAACACGAGCAGCUAUUGCAGUUGCUCAUUUAGUUGUUUUACCCUAUCAAAUUUUAAUGCAUAAAUCAAGACGAGAAGCAUAUGGUAUUGAAAUGCGUAAUAAUGUUAUAAUCAUUGAUGAAGCACAUAAUUUACCGGAUGCUAUAUGUGCUAUGCAUUCAAAUGAAAUCAAUGGAAAUCAAGUAUGUUAA